ACUCAAGUACUCUGGAUGAGAGAGAGAGAGAGAGAGAGAGAGAGAGAGAGAGAGAGAGAGAGAGAGAGAGAGAGAGAGAGCCGUGUGAUUCGGUAUCAACACCGGGACAAAACGAGAUUUAAAGCCACGUUAGUUCAGGUUUAUUGCGUUCGGCUUCGUGUUUUGUUUCGCAAAACGUGUUUGGAAGACAACUUUCAACAGAGAGGGGACAGAAGGAGCCGCUGAAAAAUCCACUUCAAGUAACUGAAGGACUUUUUUACUUAAAGGAAGACACAAGAAAAACACAUUAGUGUUUCUUCCAGCCUUGGAGAUCUUGCUUUGGACGCUGUUUGGUUCCGGACUUUGGCGCACAAAAGGCUGGACUCCGGCGCGUGUGGACGGGACACCGAGACACCGAGCCUGCGACUUUGGGCGAGACUGAAGCUACAGACAAACUGGACAAAGUGAAGAUUAUCAACUAGAAACUCAUUUCAAGACUAAAUCGGGAGGUUUUAUUGUGAAGAUCGGGGAAAUUGAGUAUCUGUGGGCGCACUGUGGCGCACAAAUGGUGUUUCUGUGGGACGCCAAAUACGACCCAGCCCCCGGCCGGCGUUACACCCCCCCAUCCACUACCCUCGCCUCGGGGGGGAAGAUGGCUGAGGCCCUGCCGCUGGGCGCCCAGGAGGCCGGAGGCGGGGCCGCUCUGGUGAGCAAACUGCGAAUGGCCGACCGCGGCAUGGUGGAGGUGAUCUCAGAUCAUCCAGGUGAGCUGAUGAAGACAGACAGUCCUAACUUCCUGUGCUCGGUGCUGCCCACACACUGGAGGUGUAACAAGACCCUGCCCAUCGCAUUUAAGGUGGUUGCCUUGGGCGACAUCCCAGACGGCACCCUGGUGACGGUGAUGGCGGGGAACGAUGAAAACUACUCAGCUGAGCUUCGGAACGCCACGGCCGCAAUCAAGAACCAAGUGGCCAGAUUCAACGACCUGCGCUUUGUCGGCCGCAGUGGAAGAGGGAAGAGUUUCACCCUGACCAUCACGGUGUUCACCAACCCGCCUCAAGUGGCCACAUACCAGAGAGCCAUUAAGAUAACGGUGGACGGCCCCAGAGAGCCACGACGCCAACGUCAAAAGAUGGACGAGGUCAAACCCGGCACCCUGGCGUUCUCAGAGAGGCUAACAGAGCUGGAGCACCUGAGGAGGAACUCCAUGAGGGUGACGCCACCUCACCACCAUCACCACCAACCCUCCGCCAACACUCGCCAAUCUGCGGCGCUUAACUCCGCCACCUUCUCCAGCCCGACGCACACUCAGAUCACUGCCGAUUCCAGACAGAUGCAGUCGUCUCCGUCUUGGUCCUACGACCAAUCAUAUCCCUACCUUGGCCAGAUUACCACGCCCACCGUCCACACAGCCAAUCCCCUUUCGCCUGGUCGCUCCUCGCUCAGUGACCUGUCCUCACGACUCACAGGUCCUGAUCUCACAGCUUUUGGAGACCCCAGGAUGACCUUAGAACGACCUUUCAGCUCCCUCCCAUCCUUGCCUGACUCCCGCUUCUCCGAUCCUCGAGUCCACUACCCUCCGACAGCUGCCGCCUUCACCUACGCGCCGUCUCACAACCCUGUCUCCAACGGCGCCCUUGGCAUCACUAUGGCAACGGCAAUGGCAACCACUCCAGCGGGGAGGUACCACACAUACCUGCCUCCUCCCUACCCGGCAAACACCCCCCACCAGGCUCAGAAUGGUCACUUCCAGUCCACCUCUUCGCCGUACCACCUGUACUACUCCACUGCUGCUGGGUCGUACCAGUUUUCCAUGAUGGCGGGGGGAGGAGGCAGUGGUGACUCGCGCUCCCCGCCAAGGAUCCUGCCACCGUGCACCAACGCCUCCACAGGCACCUCUCUCCUGCACCCCUCUCUGCCCAAUCAGAAUGAAGGAGUGGGUGUGGAGGUGGAGUCCAGCCACAGUACCUCGCCGACAAACAUGGUGGCAGCAGAAGCUGUCUGGAGACCGUACUGAAUACGUCACAAAGGAUGCACUUGUUUAGGGAGGCUACCUGGUCAUGUGAUGACUAAAAUCAUUAAACAGGGAAACAAACACCAAUCCUACAACAGCAUGUGAUUACUAACACUCAUAUCAGUGAAAGAAUAAGGAAAGUCUGGUGUUUAUUCUUCUCUCACUAAGCCCAUCAAAAGGCAAAAACAUACAUUUUUUAAUUUGCCGUUAUAACUUCCACACAAAGUCUGUUGCUAUCAACUACAAGCACAUUGGUUCCUAGUGUAGUUGUAAAUCUUUUUUUUUUAAAUGCAAUAAACGCACAAUUUAAAUUUGUAAUUCUGUCAAACACAUGGAAAGAUUUAGAUCGAUUAUACCCACUUAACAAAACCCAACUUUGAAAUUCAUAUCGCUUCCAAACAUCAACGGUGAGAAUGGAAAAAGCAUCCAGUGGUUGUUAAAAGCACUAUCGCCUGUCACUUGCGCACAUUCCCCCGAUUGUUUCCAGGGGAAAAUUGCAUCUUCGGGAGUCUUCUAACUUUUCUUCUCACAAUUACUAAAUCUUCAUUUUAGAACAACCAUGUGUCACCACUUGACCAGGAGCCUGAUGAGUGCACCCAGAAUAAAACGAUCUACUGAAAAACAAUGUUGGCGAAUACAAAAACAAGCAGAGUGAUUGACAGGUGCAAGCGAAUGGAAAAAGACUUUGCAGAGGAGAUGUAAUAAAUGAAGGACGCAGGGUAAUAUUUUGGUUUUACACUGACAAGUGCAUGCAGCGGCACUGGACUGAUCACCACUCAGCAUUCUUUGUAAAAUAACUCCUUCCUUGUAAAUGUUGGUGUUGUGAAUAGAUUUGCUCAUGCCAAAUAUCUUGACUGCCUGGUUGUUUCACCCUUCAUGAUUCAAGCCCUCUUACAGUGGGAUUUUUAUUUUAGGAAAAACUGAACCCAUUUAAAUGUUUUAAUUGUUUACAUUUGUGUUACCAGUUGGAUGCAAAAACUGAAAGAUUGUCUUAGAUCAGAAACUUUCGUCCAGGGUGAUUUUUUUGGGGGGGUUUAAAUGCCUUUAUUUGAGAGGACAGGAGGAGGAGCGAGAGUGGGAAAGAACCGAGGGUCAUACUCGAAACUAGGGAGAUCCCCAUCCUGGACUAUAGCCUCAGUAAAUGGGGCGCAUGAUGUAACCACAGGGCCAACUGGCACUGCAAGGUGAAUUAUUCUAACUUAAAAGUUGGAUUUUGACUCGUUUCUUUUUUUUCUCAGCAUGAUAUUUUGUUAAUUUAUUCCACGAUACCGGUUGUGGUAGCAUUUCAUGUGUGUGUUUGUGUGUGAAAGAGACAAAGACUGUGUGUGUACUGUAAAUAAAAUGGCUGUCAAUGAC